UGGUGAAAACCUACGUCUCGACAAUAUAAACAACUGGAGUGCCGACAACAUGCAGAAAGUCCAAACGAUAUUAGAAGAUUGCAUCCCAUAUAUACGCUUCUUUCAAAUAACUAGCGAAGAUUAUUAUCUCAAAGUCUAUCCAUUCGGAAAUAUGCUUUCUUCAUUUGAAAAUGGUCUGAUAGCUUAUUAUCUCGCACCAAAAUUGUAUCCUAAAGAAAAAUUGGAAGGAUACACCCCUAAACGUGGUAAGACAAUUGAGGAAAUGGAGGCAAAGGAAAGUGACACUAAACAGCCUUCUAGUUCAAGUCAAAUUAAAUAA